AUGGCACCCGUUGGACUGCCUCCUGGUUUUAGGUUCCAUCCAACUGAUGAAGAACUCGUCAAUUAUUAUCUCAAGAGAAAAAUCCACGGCCAAGAGAUUGAACUUGAUAUUAUUCCUGAAGUUGAUCUGUACAAAUGUGAGCCUUGGGAAUUAGCAGAGAAAUCGUUUUUGCCAAGUAGAGAUCCGGAAUGGUAUUUCUUCGGUCCAAGGGACAGGAAAUAUCCGAACGGGUUCAGAACGAACAGAGCGACUCGAGCUGGUUACUGGAAGUCUACGGGGAAAGACCGGAGAGUGAGUUCACAGAAUAGGUCCAUUGGGAUGAAGAAAACAUUAGUGUAUUACAGGGGAAGAGCACCACAGGGGAUUAGGACUGAUUGGGUAAUGCAUGAAUAUCGACUCGAUGAUAAAGAAUGCGACGAAAUCUCCAACAUUCAGGUAGAUUCAUAUGCAUUGUGUCGUGUAUUCAAGAAAAAUGGUGUUUGUUCAGAGAUGGAAGAACUAGGCCAAACUAGUAAUAAUCAUGUACCAUCAUUUGAGUACCCAUUUACCCAAGGCACUAAUAAUGUUCAUGAUCAGUAUCAAACACCAUCUCCAGAUGUCCCAUUAGCAUCAUCGUCCUGUAUUGAAGAAGAAGAAAAGGAUGAUUCAUGGAUGCAGUUUAUUACAGAGGAUGUUUGGUGUUCCUCCAACUCUACCUUGAACUCUCCCUUUCAAGAAACAGCUCAUUAAAUUGGCAAAGCAUCGAAUAAACAUACGUGGCUGAGUUCCAGUACUUCAUAUUGAAGCAAAUGAAAGUCCAUACUACAAUGCAAUCCAACUACAAGAAAGUCAUCGCCGAAAGAGCACAGGCUUAGAUUACUUUAUGAUGAGAAUUUGAAAAGAACAUGUACUAAGGUUUUCUCUCCUUUACUUCAAAAUAUAUUUCAACUAUUCAACUGCUUGGAAUUAUUUUGACAUCUUUCUAGAGGUAAAUUUUUUAGUUUACUAGGCAAUAGGAACUUGAAAUCAUUACCCCUUGAAUGUUUCUUAAAAAAUUACACAAGUUAUUGUGUAUGGCAGAGAUGUAUGCAAAUUGACUCGAGAUGCACUACUAUAAACAAAUUCAAAUAAAAAUAUAUAGUAUGAAUUUUGUUGCAAAUAUUCAAACAUCUUAUUAAAGUUCGCCUUUAAGCCACUAAUUUUAUUGAGUAGACCCUUGCCUAGACAAGAUGCUCGUGAUUUUAUUUUU